AUGCACAUUUCGAUAGCAUUGUUAGUGUUGGUGGGCUCCGCAGUGGCUCGCGUCCAUCAGAUACCGUUGAUCAGGGUGGAAUCGAUGAGAACGAAGAUGAUCCGAGAAGGAACCUGGGCUAAACACGUUCAGAUGAAAGAAGCUGCACGUGCACGUCCUUCGAAGAUGUUUGCGCUGGGCAAUGUUGAACAUCAGCCAGUCAAAGAUUAUGACGACAUGGAGUACAUCGGGAACAUCACAAUUGGAACACCCGAACAACAGUUUAAGGUAGUUCUCGAUACCGGCUCUUCUAAUCUUUGGAUCCCGGAUAAAACAUGCGGGAAGGAAAAGCUCGAUUGUGAUUCGACGGUUUGCUCGACUGACGGGGAUCUUCUAUCCUUGGUUCCUGUAGCACAGUUGCGUACACAACCUUCAUAUUCUGCCUCUCAGUACGGUACUGGUUCGGCCUCUGGAUUCCUUGGGAUGGAUACAGUUCGCUUCGGAUCGGCUCAAUCAGAACAGCUUGUUGUUGAAAGCGUUGUAUUUGGCCAAGCAACCAUUCUGGCUCCAUUCUUUGCACGACAACCAGUUGAUGGUAUUCUUGGCCUGGCCUUCAAGUCGAUCGCAGUUGACGGUGUUACACCGCCUUUCCUGAAAGCUGUUGAUGACGGUCUCGUCGAUCCAAUCUUUACCGUAUUCUUGAAAAAUAUGACGAAAGUGAAAAUAGACGACUACAGCCUUAAGAGGAGUUUCCAAGUGAUCUCCGACACAGGUACCUCUUUAAUUGCCGCUCCAAGUGCAAUCGCUUUCGUAAUUGCAAGAAAAGCUGGAGGAAAGUUCGAUCAGCAACAACGAUUAUUUUUCGUGGAUUGUAAAGCUACACCAAGCCUGGAGCUGACCAUCGGCGAGAAGAACUAUGUGGUUGGACCAGAAAACCUUAUUGUCCACGUCGGAGAUGGCCGAUGUAUCGUGUCGAUAUUCGGAUAUCCUAGUCCUAGUUUUGGCCCGUCAUGGAUUCUUGGCGAUCCGUUCAUUCGUGAAUACUGUAACAUUUACGAUGUUGGCAAUAAGCGUAUCGGGUUUGCAAAAUCCAUUCAGAACUAA